AGGUAAGUUGCUUGUACCACCUCUGGAUUUCAACAUGUGGCGGCUCUAUCUCUGUCUCCUUGUAGCCCUGGCUGCCAGCGAGAACAUCAAUUACGAGCCUUUCCUGAACUCUAAAAAAACGUAUGAGUAUAAAUAUGAGGGAUUGGUGCGAGUGGGACGAGAACUGCCAGACUUGGUUGAGUCAGCACUGAAGCUGAGGUGCACUUUUAAAAUCAUUGGUGAAUCACCACAAACAUUUGUGCUUCAGAUAUCAAAUGUAGAUGUUGAAGACUUUAAUGGCUUACCCAGGAAAAGUGUCUUCAGCCCUUCCCAAAAGCUCACUAAGCGUCUAUCUGCCGAGUUCAGCCAGCCAGUCGUUUUUGAAUUCUCUAAAGGUCAAAUUAGUGACAUCCGCACUGCACCUGGAGUCUCAAACACAGUUGUAAAUAUUGUGAGGGGGAUCCUUGGAUUUCUACAAGUCACAGUCAAAACCACACAAAGUAUUUACGAACUGGUGGAGUUGGGAAUUCAUGGUGUAUGUCAAAGCAGUUACACUGUUGAAGAAGACAAUAAUGCCAAAGAGUUAAAAGUGACCCAAAUGGUUGAUAUCACCAACUGUCAACAGCCAGCUGCUUUAUACCGAGGUAUGGCACUUGCCCCUGAAGACAAACUUAGCAAACAGAGAGGUGAGAGUGUUGUUUCAACGGUGAAACACACAUACACAGUGAAGUCCACAGCAGAUGGCGGUUUGAUUACUAAAGCAUUUGCUCAGGAGCGUCAAUACUUCUCUCCAUUCAAUGUAAAGGGAGGAAACUCCAGAAUGUUAGCAUUACGGGACAUUGAGCUUCUCAAAGUUUCAGACACAACUGACAAAAUAGUGACCGGACAGGUGCAGAGCAGAGGCAACCUGAUGUAUAGGACAGAAAAGGACCUCAACCCAAUUCCCGUUGUGAUGAUCAACCUGAACGAACCAGUGCCAAAGAUUCUAGAUUUAGUUAAGCGCUUAGCACAGGCUAACAUAUAUCAAGUGGACAGCUCAAGCAGCACUGAGGUUCUGAAUCUAAUUCAGUUGCUACGUGUGGCAACACGUGAGAAUCUAGACCAGUUAUGGAAGCAGGUCUCGGGAAAUGAUGAGCACAGGAGGUGGUUUCUGGACUUGGUUGUGGAGGUAACAGAUGAAAGGAUCCUCAAAUUCCUUGAGACCAGAUUCAAAGCAGGAGACAUUACUGCGAAUGAGGCAGGACAGGCACUGGUAGUGGCAUUUAACCACUUGUCUGCUGUGCCUGUCUCAGUUGCAUUAGCUCAGGAGUUCCUCUCAAUACCUUUCAGCAAAUCCCAGCCUCUCCUGUGGAACACUGUAGUUUUGGCAUAUGGUUCUCUAGUAUACAGAUACUGUGUGUAUACUGAUCCCUGCCCCGUCACUGUGGUGCAGCCAUUACUGGAUAUGGCUACAAGUGGCCUAAGUAAAAAUUUGGAGGAGGGUAUGGUCCUUGCACUGAAGGCCUUGGGAAACGCAGCUCAUCCCUCCAGCAUCAAGACUCUGCUAAAGUUCCUUCCAGGCUACACAUCUGGAGCUGAAAAACUUCCAACUAGAGUACAGAGUGCUGCGGUCCUUGCAUUCAGACUGCUUGCAAGUAGGGACCCCCACAAUGUACAGGAUAUUGUCUUGAACCUCUUUGUACAGAGGACUCUUCCUGCUGAAAUCCGCAUGCUGGCCUGCAUGGUGCUUCUAGAGACCAAGCCAUCCAUAGCUCUGAUCUCAGUAAUAAGUGAGGUCCUGUUGGAGGAAACUGACCUUCAGGUUGCCAGCUUCUCCUACUCUCUACUCAAAGGAAUUGCCAAGUCCUGCACCCCUGAUAAUCAACAUCUAUCCACUGCCUGUAAUAUUGCCAUGAAGAUUCUUACCCCCAAACUUGGCCACCUGAGUUAUCGCUACAGCAAGAAUAUGCACUUUGACUGGUUCCAUGAUGACUUUUUAUUUGGGACAUCUGCUGACAUUUAUAUGCUGAAAAAUGAAAGUCUCAUACCCACAAAAGUUAUGCUUAAGGGAAAAAUUCAUUUCAUUGGGAGAAUAUUGCAAUUUCUUGAGCUUGGUGUCCAUGCAGAUGGAAUCAAAGAGCUGUUUGCAGGAAAAAUCCCUCAACUCAAGAAAGAUUUAGGAAUCACAGAUUUUGCCACUAUAAUGAAAAUUCUCUCUGACUGGCAGAACCUACCAAAAGACAGACCUCUGUUGACAGCAUAUGCACGCAUUUUUGGACAGGAAGCCUUUUUAAUGGAUGUAAGCGGAGACUCCAUUCAGAGCAUCAUAAAGUCAUUUAGUGCUUCUGCAGGGAAGGAGAGUAUGGUUUGGCAAAAGAUUCAGGAUGUUCAAAAAGGGACUUCCUGGCACUGGACCAAGCCCCAUCUUGUGUAUGAAGCUCGAUUUAUACAGCCAACUUGUCUUGGUCUCCCAGUUGAAAUCAGCAAAUAUUAUUCCAUAGUAAAUGCUGUUACAAUGAAAGCUAAAGCUGAAAUCAAUCCUCCCCCCAAGGAACAUCUGGGAGAGCUACUAAGCUCAGACAUUUCCCUACACACAGAUGGCUUCGCUGGGGUGACGAAGGAUCAUUUUGUUUUUCAUGGAAUCAACACAGAUCUUUUCCAGUGUGGUGUUGAGCUGAAGAGUAAGAUAAUAAGUGCCCUGCCAUGGGCAUUUGACUUAAAAAUAAACAUUAAGGAGCAUAAGUAUGAAAUGAACUUGACUCCAAGCAAAACGGUCACUGAAUUAUUUUCAGUCAAUUCUGAUGUGUUCGCUGUUUUGAGAAACAUUGAGGAUCCAUCCUUAUUCAAAAUAACCCCCAUGAUGCCUGAGACAGCGGACUCCCAACAGGGUCUGCCACUGGCGAGGAUUUUACCUACUUCAAGGAAUGAUCAGACCGAGGACUCUGAGGUGAAAUUCAGGCAAUGUGCUGAUGCCAAGAUUUAUGGAACUGCGGUCUGCAUUGAGGCAGAAGCCAAACGAGCACACUACCUUCAUGAAUAUCCUCUGUAUUACUUCCUGGGACGUACCCGCUUUUCAUAUCAACUCGAACCAGCUAAGGGUGCCAAACCCAUUGAAAAAAUUCAGAUUCAGGUCACUGCUGGCAGAAAACACUCUCCAGGAGUCAGUGAAAUGAUGAAUCUCACCCACAGAGUAUUCAAGGACACAAGAGACGAGAUCACCUCUUGUGAGGAAAACAAUUUAUCCAACUCAUUCCCUGCAUCUCAGAAUUUAGAUGCCACUCCAGAACCUGUAGUCACAGUAAAAGCACUUGGUCUAAGUCCGCCAGCAAAACUUCUGGGCUAUGAAGGUGUAGCCUUUAAUCUGCCAACAGCCCAAAGAGACAACAUUGAAAUUAUAGUCUCUGAAGUUGGUGAAGAAGCAAACUGGAAAAUCUGUGCCAAUGUUAACGUAGAUAAGAGUCAUUCAUCAGCAAAGGCCCAUCUCAGAUGGGGUGCGGAGUGUCAGACAUAUGAUGUGUCUAUGAGGGUGUCCACAGCAUGCCAGCCGGAAUCUAAACCUUCCAUACACACCAAGAUCAACUGGGGAGCUCUGCCCUCAGUGUUCAUAAUGAUUGGUCAAAAAAUUCAAGAGUACGUGCCUGGCAUUUCUUAUAUAAUGGGUUUCUACCAGAAAUAUGAGAAAAACCAAGAACGCCAAGCAGCUGUCACUGUUGUGGCAUCCUCACCAGAGACCUUUGACAUGAGAGUGAAAAUUCCAGAGCGAACAAUCUACAAAAAGGCAAUUCCCUCACCAAUCGAUCUUGUGGGGUUUGAAGCUGUGAACUUCACCAUGUCGAUCUAAAAGGCUGGUGUUAUAGAGCACUUCUGGAAAGACCAAACCGACAAAGAAAAAUGGAUCAUCAAAUAUUCUGAAUUGUUUGUAUUCCUGACAUUUGAUUAAUGACUGAUUUGGAUAUUCAAAUAUAUAUACUAAAAUCAGUACUUUUGAAUUAUACUCCAAUGAAUAAAGUGUGCAUUAA